AUGAUGCAGUGGUGGGGCAUGGGGACUCUGGCUGUAGGAGGAAGGGUCUGUGGAAUAGUGCUGGGGCAGUGGAGCCAGUGCGUUCAUGAUGGCGGAGCAAUUUUUAAUUUUGUGCUAGAAGGGAAUGCCCUUAAGGCCAUAGAGCUGACAGAAGAAAUGGCACCUAACUUGCUAGAGAAUGAUAUUGAUCUAUAUUUUGAUCUUCUAAGUCUCCACUUCAUUGAGCUAGUUCGUUCCAGAAAAUGCACAGAAGCUCUUGAGUUUGGCCAGAAAAAUUUGACAUCAUUUGGGAAGGUUCGCAAGUAUGUUGAGAAACUAGAGGACUUUAUGGCCCUCCUGGCUUAUGAAGAGCCUGAGAAGUCACCUAUGUUUCAUCUACUAAGCCCAGAGUACAGGCAGAAUGUUGCAGAUAGCUUGAAUCGGGCUGUCCUCGCACAUGCUAAUCUUCCGGCAUAUUCAUCGUUGGAGAGAGUGGUACAGCAAGCGACUGUGGUUAGACAAUACUUACAGCAAGAAGUUGGCAAGAACUUCAGAGGUUCAUCCGGGAAGAAUUCAAUGACGGUCGGGCCAUGGGGAGGUCUAGGAGGAGAUCCAGAGGACGAUGGUGUUAACUCCGCAGUGCGCCAGAUCAUCAUCAGUCAUGGUGCGGCCAUUGAUUCCAUACAGUUCGAGUAUGACCUGAGAGGCUGA